AGACGCGUGUUUUGUCCGAAUUGCGGCUCCCGUUGCGAGUGUAUUUGUGUAGUCGUGUUUUUGUGUAGUUGUGUAGUUGUGUCCUCAGUUUAAAUGCUCGGUUGUGUUUCCACACAGAGAGUUUUGUUUUGCUGAUAAUCGGCACUCAGCUGAAGGCUCCGGUCUUCACCCGCGUUUGAAAUGGACCGGAUCGGAGCGGCUGUGUUUGAAACCCUGAACAAAUAUAACCCGACCCGCAAAAGCUGUUUGAUUUUUGCUCCAGUUUUUUUCACAAAGCGGCUCUUAGUUUAUUUUUUGACCCGCCUUUAAAAUAGAAAUCCGCUCGGCAAUUCUGUGCGGGUUAAAUAUUAAUGUGUGUUUUUAUUAUGUUCAAGUGGGUUGGGCAGUCAAGUGCGUGUGAACUUGAAAAAAGGACUUGCGAUUUAAAAAGCCCGUUUGGUUAUUUCACAGAGAAAUCAACGCGUUUUCACUAUGAACGCGUUUCAGCUGUGAUCUGAAGCCCUGAUCUUUGUUAUUAUUAUUAUUAUUAUUAUUAUUAUUAUUAUUAUUAUUAUUAGGGUCUGCUUUUGCCUGACGCGCUGCGCUUCCUCUCUCCCCCGCCAGGGGGCGCCACGGGUUCAGCUGCUUGAACCGCCUCGAUACUGAAGACCUUGAGAGACCUUCCAGUAAAAACACGCCAAGUCUUUAACAGUUAGAGAGGCCGGGGGGGGGAUGAUAAACUAGUCGGUGUAAAUCUAUUCCCCCGCUCUCAUCCGAUCUCUUUCUUUCAGGAGCAAUGUCUUCCAAAGAGAAUGUGCCCCCAGUUAGCAGCUCCACACCACAGUUUUUCACCCCUCUCGGGCUCGGCGGUCCUCAGCGUGUCCCGAAGAGCAGUUCUGAAGCCAGUGUCCGGACCGUGGCAGUGUCGGGUCCUGGGAGAGUCACGGCUGAACCUCCUGCCCAGGAGCCGUUCUCUCUCAAGGAUUUCGAGAUCGGACGGCCGCUGGGGAAGGGGAAGUUCGGGAACGUGUACCUGGCCCGGGACCGAGAGAUUAACUUCAUACUGGCCCUCAAGGUCAUUUUCAAGUCCCAGAUCGAGAAGGAGGCGAUGGAGCACCAGCUUCGCAGAGAGGUUGAGAUCCAGUCCCGUCUCAGGCACCCCAACAUCCUGCGCUUCUAUAACUACUUCCACGACCGCAAGCGCGUGUUUCUGAUGCUGGAGUACGCACCGCGGGGGGAGCUGUACAAGGAGCUGCAGCGCUGCCAACGCUUCGACGAGCAGCGCAGCGCCACGUAUAUAGAGGAGGUGUCAGAUGCCCUGCAGUAUUGCCACGAGCAGAAAGUGAUCCAUCGAGACAUCAAGCCAGAGAACCUGCUGCUGGGCUUCAGGGGGGAGCUCAAGAUAGCGGACUUCGGCUGGUCUGUGCACGCGCCCUCCAUGAGGCGUAAGACGAUGUGCGGGACUCUGGACUACCUCCCCCCUGAGAUGAUUGAAGGGAAGACCUACAAUGAGAAUGCAGACCUGUGGUGUGUGGGGGUGCUCUGCUACGAGUUCCUGGUGGGGAACCCCCCCUUCGAGACCGCCAGCCACAGCGAGACCUACACCCGGAUCACCAAGGUGGACAUGCAGUUCCCCAGCAUCAUCUCUCCCGGCGCGCGGGACCUCAUCUCCAGCCUCCUCAGGCACUGCCCCCCCAUGCGGCUGCCCCUGAAGAAAGUGCUGGAGCACACCUGGGUGAAAACCAACUCCCGCAGGGUGCUGCCCCCAGUGUACCACCCCAAGAGCUGAGCCCAGGCCAGCCACACGCGUGUUACAACCGCCCCCACACGCCUACUACUGCUGCUGCUGCUCGGGCGAAGGUGUGCCUUGGUCACAGUAAAAACAGAAAUGGAUCAGAGCGCUAUGCAAUGGUGGUCUGAUUUCCAGCCCUGUUCCUGAAGAGGGACCUGCUUUUAAACCACACCUGGACUCAAAGGACUGGGAGAACUGGUGUAGCUGGUUCACACCUCUUGACUUCUAUAAUGUGCGUCUCACACUGAUGUUUUCUGUAUUGUCUCUCCUCUUGUGGUCUGGUUUCAGGGACAGUGAGGUAUUUUAUUCUGUUGUCUGGAAUCUCGCUGUAAAUAUAUAUUCUGUGCAAAUUUAAUAAAGGUUGUGUUUCUGUUCCCUCACCUCUUAGUGGUCUGUUCG